CCAGCGUCACAUCGCUUUGGACCUUGAUUCUGGUUGGCUGUGGUCAUUGGUCAGUUGGGAUCUGACUGCUACCUCACGUGCAAAUCCGUCCUCAGCUUUCAACGACACCAGCCGAGUCAUCGCACAAGCAAGUUAUUGGGUAAGAAGGCAAGGGAGUAACUCGUGGCUUGUAUCUUACUUUGAGUGAAAGGUUCCAACCUUGUAUCUUAUUCCAAUAUUAAUCAAGCCGACGUGAUGGACUGCAAGGGGUGGUUCAUCCACACGCCUCCCACCUUCAAGCUUUCUCGCCCAGAAUGAUCUUGUCGAAGACAUCGGCGACCUAUACAUCAACUCCUCCCCGAGCACAUCCUAUCGUUCCCUUAACGACCUUCCCGUGGUGAUUCUUCGCGAAAUUGUCGAAGAGUUCACUCCACACGAGCAUCAUUAUGACUGAGACUGGGACUACUGCUCAGUCUGUCAUGGAGGAGAAAAGUGUGAACUGGACCAGUCCGACAUUCGCAAUCUUCGCCUUGUCAACCGCCUCUUUUACCGUCCUCGACACGCUGGAGUAGCUACUGGUGAUGCCCCAUCUCGUAUCUGGCGUUCGCUCAAUCAAGCUGCAAAUGGCAUACCGAACCAAGGCUCUGGCGGAGGCCUCGGUUUAUUUCACUAACCCGCCUCCAACUUUUGAAUAAGCAGGUAGAGCAAUAUGGAGUCGGCCGAAAUCCCACUCCUAGUAUUGGCUUCCUGGACUCACACGGUGAGUUUAUCUCAGAGCCCGCCGAGUCGGGCGAGGCCGCUAGCAAUUUGACGAGAUAUGCAAGAGCUGGAGUUUGAUGAUGGAAAUCUGGGAGGAGCCUGCGUUCGACACGUCUCAACAAUGCGAAAGAGAUGAGUGGAGCUCCAUUCUCCGCAAC